AUGCAUCAAGGCGACCCACCUCCGUCGUCGUCUAGCACAGGUUCCCUACAGCCCAACUCUGACGGACAACAGCACCAUGUAGGAGCCAUCGCCGUUAAACUUCCAGCCUACUGGGAUCGCAAUCCAGCUAUCUGGUUCGCCCAGGCGGACGCCCAGUUCCAUCUGGCCGGUGUGACUGCUCAGACCACUCGUUUCUAUCAUGUCAUCUCCGCCCUGUCUCCCGCGGCCGCCGAGGAAGUACAAGAUCUGAUAAUCUCUCCCCCAACGCAGAACGCGUAUGACCAACUCAAGUCUGCCCUGCUGAAGCGUACGUCCGCCUCCGACCGUGACCGUCUGAGGCAGCUCUUAUCGGCGGAAGAGCUCGGUGACAGGCGGCCUACCCAGCUCUUGCGCCGCAUGAAGCAGCUCUUGGGAGAUGACGCUCCGCAGGCCGGCGACAAAUUCUCGCGCCAGCUGUUCAUGCAGCGCUUACCCAAUAACGUGCAGAUGGUCUUGGCAGCAGCCGCGAAUCUUCCCAUCGACGAGCUCGCCACCCUCGCGGAUGCUGUCAUGGAGGUUGCCUCAUCUCCUUCUCUUUCCGUUCUCGAGCAACCGGCUACCCAGACUAGAGGGCGAGCGGUUCCCCCAGCCAUUCCGCCCAUCCCAGAAGCUUGUCCUUCGGUUUCCCAACCCACUCCAGCCACCGAAGCUAUACUCCAGCAGGUUAAUAGCCUUACGCAAUUGGUUGCGACGCUGGUUGCUCGCCCACGAUCCCCGAGCCCCCGUCGCCCAAGGUUCCGCAGAGGUUCCCCGUCGCCACGGCGAUCGCGAUCUCGUUCUGCGAAUCAGGAUGGCCUCUAUACACGGUACCGUAUCGUAGACCGUGGUUCCAUUAUCCCGGUUUAUGGCCAGCAGUCGCUCACUCUCAACAUUGGGCUCAGAAGAGACUUCCGAUGGCUUUUCCUGCUUGCAGACGUCACACAAGCCAUCCUCGGAUCCGACUUUUUAAAUCACUUCAAGUUGCUGGUAGACGUUCACGGGAAGCGUCUGAUCGACAGGACUACUUCCUUGUCAGUGCACGGACUCCGUCUAUCGACUCCACCGUUGCGUGUCUUGGCCUGUGCCGUGCCUGAAUCACCAGCUGAAUCACCCUUCGCCGCCAUACUGAAGGAAUUCCCGGCACUCACCCAGCCGCCUGACUGGACCAGGCCUGUGCAGCACGACGUGGUCCACCACAUCACCACCCGUGGCCCACCGGUCCACUUUCGCCCGCGUCGUCUGGCACCCGAGAAGUUCCGGGUAGCCAAAGCAGAAUUCGACCACAUGCUUGAGCUCGGAAUCGUCCGGGCGUCAUCAAGCACCUGGUCGUCGCCAUUGCACAUGGUGCCCAAAAAGACCGGAGAUUGGAGACCGUGCGGCGACUAUCGCGCUUUGAAUCAAGCCACUAUCCCGGACAGAUACCCCAUACCGCACAUCUCGGAUUUUGCUGCACAGCUGGAGGGCGCCACAGUAUUCUCCAAAAUAGAUCUUGUCCGUGCGUACCACCAGAUCCCGAUGGCCGAAGAGGACAUAGCCAAAACCGCGAUCACAACACCUUUCGGAUUAUUCGAGUUUCUGGGGAUGCCCUUCGGGUUGCGGAACGCCGCUCAGACGUUCCAGCGGUUUGUGGACAACAUCAUCCGCGGCCUCCCCUUCGUCUAUGCGUAUAUUGAUGAUAUCCUCGUCGCAAGUCGUUCGCCGGCCGAACACGAGCAACACCUUCGUGCGCUGUUCUCCCGUCUUCACGACUAUGGAAUCAUCAUUAACGCAGCGAAGAAGUUGCGGCCAUCCAGGACUUCCCGCUUCCCACUUCCUUGA